AUGAAACUUCCGAGACCAGAAGAGGGGCGAGCUGCGGCGUUGCACAGAGUCGACUCAAAAGCGCCAGACUCCGCCCAAACCUCCCAUCUGGACUUGCCAGAAACUCGAGGCUUCACUCCGCCAGUCGCAUAUUACGCGCAGUCUGUUACCCCUUCUACUCGCUAUACCGACUCGCCAUUCAGCCAUGUGCCGACACCCAGCUCUGCAUCGUCGUAUUCCUCCGGUAUGAUAGCACCAAGUCAUUCCGCGCCGAUUCGGCAAAGGCAGCAGAGCCCUGUUCUAGGGCCCCCGCUGGCUAGCAGGCCUACAACCGACAAGAACGACUACACUCGCCUGGGCCUUCCGCCUGCACGAGAAUCGUCAACUUCCUCAUCGAACUCGACGAUCAAAUCCUCGGAACCUCGGUCAGCACUGUCUAGGAAGAAGGCGCCGCAAACCACUAUUCCUCCGUCGGUGUCUCGCAAACCGGUACCGACUGCAUCGCAGCCAUCAUCAAAGAGCAAACCGCAGUCAAAACAACCACCGGCAAAGGCACCAAUCGGUAUUCCACCGGAACUGGCUCACCUCAACGUCGAUCCGCCUGCGGUCACUUCUACCAAUCGAUCUCCUCCACGACGACCAAGUAGAGACGGAACAACAGCGCUGACGGGCAUGAAGAUCGGUUCACCCGUCGUGCAGAGCGAUCUUCCACGUUUGUACACGUCUUACCACAAGCGCACUCCAUCACAGGAAACCCCAACUUCUGCAUCCUCUCCCAGCCUCAAAUCACGAUUCGGAUUCUCUUCCAAACAGUCCUCCCCGAGAAUCGACUCCGCCAUCUCUCCUCCACCUGCUGCCCGUGCCCUCACGCGUGCCCCCAGCUCUGAUCAACUCCCCACCAACCAGCCCCGCCUGAUUCGUAAGGACUCACCAGCCAUUGGACCGACUCCGAGCAAGUCCCCACGCUUCGGCUUCUGGUCGAGAAAACCCAAAGCGGACGAGACCAAACCGAUUGAAAAGCCAUCACGGCCUCCAAGCAAGGGUCCCGCAGCCGGCACAGGCCACGAAGGGUACGGCAGAUUUAGCACGCGAGGGCGUAGUAGCAGUGGAAGCAGCAGUGCUGGCCUUCGCUCGCCAAGCACCACCAGCACCACCAGCAGUCAAGCGAAGCGAAAAUCAAGCAGGAACAGCAGCAUGGCGAGCACCGACGGACUGGAAAUGGACGAUUUCCUCCGCGAACGACUUACUCCUGUCGUUCUUCGUGGGAGCGCCAGCACCGUGAGUAAUGCCACGUCGACUUCUGAUGGGCCUGCUCUGUCGAAGGCGUCUUCCUUGGAUAGCAUCUCUCGACCCCAACUCUUGCCGUCUGCGAUGGACAAUACUGCCGGACGCUCGCCAUCCAAAAGGUCCCCUCAGAAGCGUGCGCCAUUCAGUGAUAGCGAGGAUGAUUUGACGGCUCGUUUCGUUUCUACAACAGAGAAACGACAUGCAGGACAGACCUUGCAACCGGCUGCGGUUCCAAACAAGUCUUCCAGGGACAACCUUGGUGACCGUGCUAUACCACAGACUGUCUCAAACUGGAAAGGCCGAGUCGCCAAUCAUGAAGACAGUGGAGAUGGAUCUGGCAAGGGCCCUCGAAAAUGGAGCUUCUUCCAGCGCACUCAGGCAUCGCCCCGAGAAAAGGGCAAGGCAAAGGCGCCUUCAGUUCCAGAUCUGUCCAGUCACCUUGUGCAUCAGCCAAGUGUUCCGCACUAUGCUAUGCUGGAUCCCGCCACCUCGAUUGGACUGGAAGAGGUCGAGCAGAUCGUACGGGACAAUGAAACUUCGCCGGAAGACUCGACGUCUGAGACGAAUGCGUCAGUCCGGAGUAUACCGUACGGGCUGUCGUCUUUACGGAAGGCCGAGUACUCGAGCGAUGCACACUUCCAUGCUCGGCCUCACCCACCGAGGAUCACAAUCAGAAACGACUCCGCAGAUUCUUCGAAAGUCAGGUACGCCGGAAGCAUGAUACCGCAUCAAGCGCCGCACAUGAUCGAUAUUCGCAGGUCGCCAGACGGCUGGUCUGAGCAGAAAGCCAUGGCUAUCGACCUCAAACCUGUGCCGUCUAUCGCCUCCAGCGCCGUGCACACUCCCGAUACGCCACAGGAAGGAUUCGACUCGCCCGAUCCAGACAAUGCCAAUUCGCCUCGACAGCCCCGACUGUCCCCUAUCGGACGCAUACCCAAGGUAGUCUCAAAGCGAGAUCGCGAGCGCAAGUUGUCAGACAGCUCCUUCUCCCGUCCAUUCGUGCGCACUCAGCCCAAGCCUUCCGUCAAGCCGCCGGGGUCAUUAUACAACCAGAUCCGAGAGCUCGCAAGCCCAACAGAGUCUACUUCGCAACCACUCUCGAGCACGAGCACCACAUCCAACGGAGCAUCGACCGAGAAGCGGAGUAGUUUCAACGCCAGCAAUUUGCGUUCGGAGCCGACGGGACGCGCGAGCGUGGAUGCUUUCGGCAAGUCCGAGUUCUUCGCCUCGCCCCGACGUAAAGACUCCGAUGUGUCGUAUUCGAGCAGUUCUGGGAAUGCUAGUGUCCUGGCUAUCCUAGCCGCACAGCCACCACAGCAAGAGGACAUCUGGGACGAGUAUGACGAUCUGAUGGACGAAGUCACGCUCGGUGAGGGAGCGUCGUUCUCGUCCUUCCAAUACUCCGAUACGUUCUGGAGCAGCCCUGUCUCCCAGGAGUGGCAUCAGCAGUCGGCUGCCAUGGAUCUAGCAAGAUCGCAAACUGUGCCGGCCACUUUGAGCGUCCCGCAGCAAAUUGCGCGUUUCAUGCAGCCAUCUUUCUCGCCUUUGACGACGCCUCAGGUGCUCUCGGAGUUCUUUGAGAAUUACGGGCGCCGCAGCACGAGCACGAUGAAUGGCGGAGAAUCGAUCAGAUCGAGCAUAUUGAAGCCUCUACCUCUCGAACCGCGCACGGCGAAUUUAGACAAGGCCUCAGAAACCAACCGCUCCAUGCUGCCUCGAAGCAAUCGAUCUAGCCUUCCGCGAAGUAAUCGAUCCAGCCUACCGAGCGCACGUGGUAGUAUAGCCUCUUCGAAACGCACAUCGACCCAUUCCCGCUCGGCAUCCCUACCAGAGAAUCCCGGCCGACAUUCGCAAUCAAGUCUGACUCCCAGCGGCCGACUCAACCGCGACACCCAACUCCUCGACAUUGUCGAAGUCGACGGCGACGAAGAGAGCGCGACAGCGAAUCUGCGCUACGCCGCCCUCACCACCAGCAAAUGGCUGUCCUUUGGCCGCGUGCUCUUCAGCCCCGCGCACCACGAAAUGCGACCAGCGGACGACCCGCGCAUCCUCAUCAUCGAUGGGCUGGGAAGUGACUGGUCCUACUACGUCGCCGCAACCUACCCAACGGCCGUAGUCUACAAUCUCGGCCCCCCAGCGCCACCCAGCUUCACCGACUGGCCGGGCGUGCUCAACGAGCCCCCUCCCCUCAACCACCGCCACAUCUCCCACUCCUCCAUAUCCGCCGCCUUCCCCUUCCCCAAAGGCUUCUUCACCGCCGUCGUCUUCCGCUUCCCGCUUGCCACAAGCGACACCGCCUACCAAGCGUGCAUCUUCGAGUGCAAGCGGGUGCUGCGCCCGGGCGGCUUCCUCGAAGUCGCAGCGCUGGAUCUCGAUCUGAUGAAUAUGGGGAAUUUGGCGCGCAAGGAGCUCCGGGGGUUGAAGACGCGCCUGCAGUCUCGCGAUCGGGAUAUUGGUCUGCGCAAUUUGAGCGAUAUGCUUGUUCGCUUGAUUGGGAGGCGGGGCUUUGAGGAUCUUCAGAGGUGUAUUGUUGGCGUGCCGGUUGCGGGCCAGAUUCGGAAGAGCCAGGAUAUCAGUAGCGUGGGGUCCGCGGAGGGUGCGAAGACCAAACGAGGAGACGACAGACCAAGUCUAGAGGUCGAGCUUGCGGAUCUAUUCGAGGAUGCCCGUGCGCAGCAACCGUAUUCGGGAGCGAGCCAGAGCAAGCUCCACGACAAGACCACCGACAACGACGACACGGAGGACAACACGAUCAAAAUGGUAGCCAAAGUCGGACGAUGGUGGUACUCGACGUGCUACGAGCGGCCGCACCUCCUGCGCACCGACGACAGCAUUUGGAACGACACGGCGCUGCUGCGCGAGUGCGAGAAGCAAGGCACGAGUUUCCGGCUGUUGAUCUGCUAUGCGCAGAAGCCGGCGCAGACGAAGCGGCGGACUGUCAGUGUGUGA